AUGAGGAGAUCACGGCUUUCCCUGAAGCGCUCGCUGCUUCUGUCGACCACCUUCACCCUGUCGCUUCUGGCCGCUGGGGCGUUGGCUCAGACUGACGAUACGACUUCGGCCGAUGCCACAACGACAGGUGAUGAUACUGCCACCACCACUGCCAGUGAUGCCAUGCCCACCAUUGGCCAGACGUCGGCCGACGGUGGUGAUACCACAACGGCGACUACAUCGGCCGCCUCGGCCACCAGCGACAUGCCGAGUCUGUCUACGAGUGAUUCUAGCGUCGACUCGGACAUGCCCACCAUCAGCACUACUUCUGCCGGAGAUACGGCCAUUCCUACGUACCCUGCACCGAGCGUGCCUCCCACGCAAAACGCCCCCUUCAUGCAGGUAUCCACGUUACCCGACGGCACUGUCUUCAUCUGCGUCGGUGCUGUGCUGGGUGCUUUCGCCCUCGCCCUUCUGCUAUGGCGCGCAAUCAUCGCAUGCUUGCUCCACCGUUCAGUUGAGAAGGCCGCCAUGGGCCACCAUCUUGGCAAUGACAAGGCUUCAUUCCCCGCGCCGCCUGCGCCAUUUCACAAGUAUACCGACCAGGACUCAUCACAGAACGCGAAUUCUGGACGUGGUGUGCGCAGAACUACGAGGGGCCCCGUCCCAUCCGCUACCCCCUCGCAAACGAACCUCUUCUUCUCGCCUACCGCAGGCGCUGGCAAUCGUGAAUCGGUGUAUCGUGACUCGGUGUACCGCGAGACUCCAAAUAGGGACUCAUCGUACAGGGACUCACGCUUCUUGCCCGCCGGUUUCUACGCCGCAGGCACCUCAUCCCCACAGAACAUGGACGGCCACGGCCACAGCCAAUCUAUCAGCAUGACCAAUCUGCGGCCAGACUCUCGUGGACAUCCUCGCGCCUCGUCAAGCCACAGCCCUCCUGAGUCUCCUGGCUUCGGGCCCCAGAGGGCACCACUGCACCGGAACAACAUAAGCAGCAGCAGCGUCAAUCUGAAUGCCCCACAAAACGGACGGGCGCCGAGCGCCUUCCUGGACGACCUGCUUGGUGACCACCCCGAGAUGUUCCCGCCGCAGGGAACAACGCCCGAUGCCAGGACGGGCACUAAUAAUGGCAACCAUCCUUACCGGCAGAGCGGGCGGUUCUAG